GAAAGAGUCCCACCCGCAGAGCAUGCAAGUUAGGUUCAUGAGUUUCGAAGGAUGGAACAUAUAAGGACAGAGAGAGGGAAGAAUUUUUCGAUCAUUCAGCUGACCUGUUCUUUAGUGUACUUGGAGCUGAUCGAUCAAUAUAAGAUCCAGUACGAAGUGUUGAUCUAACCGUUCGGUUCGGAGGGGUGAGACGGCCAGAACAUUUCCCAUUGGAUAUUUGGCAAGAAUCAAAACCGUUCAUGUCUUCGUCCUCUCCAUCUCUUGCGUUCUCAGGGCUCGACAACUUGCUCCCCAGCUGAACUGAAGCUCCCCGUCUGUCUCUGCUGAACAGCUCCACCUUAACAUCACCAAAUUAACAGAGCCAAAAAAAAAAAAAAAAAAAAAAAAGAGAGAAGAAGAAGCACAAAUUUGCCAUCGAAUGGAUCCGUGCACGAUCCGAUUGUCCUCCCAAUUCCCGCUAUUGCCCGCCAUUUCCCUUCGCCGCGUAUCAACCCACACUUCCCUUCCUUCCGUCUCCCAUCUCCGACACUUCCAGAGGAAGCGGUUCAAUCUGGAAGCCGGCGGCGGAGUUAGAGCCCAGAAGUUCGACGAGGCCGCCUUCGAGGCAGAGCGGCUCAGCCUCGACGCCGCUGCCCGGGAGUCCAUGGCCGAGAGCUCGAAGCGGGACGAGGCCGAGGACGACCCCAAGGCGUGGAAGUGGGUGAUCCGGAAGAGGAUUUGGGAUCUCUUGGAGGCCCGCAACUUCGCCCAGAACCCCCGUCCCGUCCACCACCGCAUCCCCAACUUCGUCGGAGCUGCCGCCGCUGCUCAGAAGUUGGCCGAGUUGGAUGUUUUCCGGGCUGCACGCUGUGUGAAAGUCAAUCCCGACUCGCCUCAGAAGCAAGUUAGGUUCCUCACUCUCACUGGAGGGAAGAAGCUGCUAACUCCUCAACCCCGUCUAAGGACUGGAUUUUUCUCUGUACUGGAUUCCUCUACGUUAACUCCCAGUACCAUAAAUGAGGCGUGCACAUCGGUAGGUGUCGCCAAGCAUGGAAGGCCAAUUGGACUCGAUGAGAAGAUCGAGGUUGAUCUGAUAGUAAUCGGGUCAGUCGCUGUUGAUCCUACGACUGGUGCUCGCCUUGGCAAGGGUGAGGGAUUUGCGGAGCUUGAGUAUGGAAUGCUACGCUACAUGGGAGCCAUCAAUGACUCAACGCCGGUCGUUACCUCCAUACACGACUGUCAACUUGUGGAUGAUAUUCCGGUGGAAAAACUACUGAUCCACGAUGUUCCGGUGGACAUUAUCUGUACUCCUACCCAGGUCUUCUUUACCAACACGGCUAUUCCGAAGCCUCAAGGGAUAUACUGGGAGAAAUUGUCUCCCGAGAAGCUGGGCCAGAUCCGUAUACUCAGAGAGCUUAAACGCCGAAUUGAGCAGGAGACUGGCCAGACGCUCCCUUGCGGUCCAUCUGAGAAGCUGCCUCCCACAGCCCAAAGAAGGCGAUGAUGUCAUGAAGAACACAAACACAUGGCUUUGAAGAUGAGAAAAGGAUCUCUUGCUGAUAUAAUUUUAAGGCAAACUGUCACGAAUUUCUCACUGCCAGGUCCCAUUUGAUUCAAUCUAGCACUGCAGCAGAAUGCAGAUUGUACAAUUCAGGCAAAACCCACCCGGACUGGCUGCCCGUAGAUGUGAUCUCGAGAUACCUCGGUCCAGUUUUUGCACGGAUGGGUGAGUCUUAAGAUUUCGGGUGUGUAUGGAUCCAAUGGAUUCGGUAGGCACUGUAUAGGCUAGGAAAGAUUUGCCAACACUGCAGCUUUAUUGGCGUUGGCAUUGGUAUGGUCAGUUGUGUGGUUGACAUCCCAUUUGCAUUAUCCGAGCUACUUGUAAGUCAUCUGGAGUCGGCUUGGUCUGCCGGUAACAAACUAAUUGAGUGACUGUCCUGUUCAAUGUAAACCUCCUUGCCGAGCCUAA